CGGAAGCCUCGGAGGGUGUCUGGGCUCGGCUGGGAGCCGGCGUGUGGGGGGCGGGGGCUCCGGGAGGGUCUGCUCACCUCCGGGUCCUCCUGACGGGUGGGAUGAUCCUGCUGUCCUCCGCAGGACAAACUGAGUCAGAGCGCGGCGUGCGUGGGUCGGGGGCUUUACACACCGAAGAACCAGGCGUCUCCCGCCCACCCAGGGCGAAUGCCAGACCCCCACUCCGGCACUCCCCGCCGGUCCCCACUUCCACCCCCACCCCACCCCACCCCCGACCCUGCGGCUGUGAGUCAGCGGCCGACCGCGCCCCCUUGGCCCACUUCCUCCUCACCUUCCCGGGGCGGGAGGGGUGGGGCGAGAGGGGUGGGGCCCUACUCCCCUCACCUCCCGCCCCCGUGCGGAUGCUAGGCUAGCGCCUAAGUAACCCCUCCGAAACUGACAGGAGAGAGACGAUGGGGAGGGGCGGGGUUCCAGAGAUGGGAUUUCAGGCAGAAAAUGUGGGACCACUUGCUUAGCAGGAGGGUCCUCCUCGCCCCCCAAAAUUGAGCGGAGUACGGGAUGGAGAAAUCGAUGGGGAGAGAAAUCGUGCCCCUUCCGAGUGUCGAGACGCUCCUGAGAAUUCCCACCGUGGGAGAGAACUAGGGAGCAAGGGAGGUCCCCUUCCCCUCCACCAAGCUUGCCCCUCCAUGUGGAGGUGACUCCCAGGGUGCACCCCUAGGCUACAACGUCGGGGACUAGAGCGAGAUCGCGGAAGCCGAGGGUGCCAAGUUGCCCUUUUAAGCGCCCUCCACCCCCUCGCCUGGAGGCGCGCGCGGCCCCUUUAAGGCGCGGGGCAUUGUGGGUGCUGGGAGUGGAAUUUUGGAACGAAAUGUAACGAAGAGAAGUACAGUAGUAAGAGUAACAGUGCAGCCGCCGCCGGCACCGGGGGCGCGCUGGGGAGGGACGCCGCACCCCCCUUUCUGCCGCAGAGACUUCUCCUCAGACCGCCUGAGGGAAGCGGUGCCCGGAGACCCGCCCCGGCCGGGUCCACGUUCUGCCCAGGAAGCCGGACUCUAUGGGGCGGGACCCUGGGGGAGCUUGAUCCGAGCCCGGAGCCAGACCUGAACCCCUGAACCUCCGGCCAGGGGCGCCCCGGGAGCAGCCAGCCCGUGGGCGCACCGCCCGCCCGCCGAGCAGCCAUGAGUGAGACGGUCAUCUGUUCCAGCCGGGCCACUGUGAUGGUUUAUGAUGACGGCAACAAGCGAUGGGUCCCUGCUGGCGUGGGUCCCCAGGCCUUCAGCCGCGUCCAGAUCUACCACAACCCCACAGCCAAUUCCUUCCGCGUGGUGGGCCGGAAGAUGCAGCCCGACCAGCAGGUGGUCAUCAACUGUGCCAUCAUCCGGGGCGUCAAGUAUAAUCAAGCCACCCCCAAUUUCCAUCAGUGGCGUGAUGCCCGCCAGGUCUGGGGCCUCAACUUCAGCAGCAAGGAGGAUGCCGCCCAGUUUGCCGCAGGCAUGGCCAGUGCCCUGGAGGCGUUGGAAGGAGGUGGGCCCCCUCCACCCCCAGCACCUCCUGCCUGGUCGGUCCCCAACGGCCCCUCCCCGGAGGAGGUGGAGCAGCAGAAAAGGCAGCAGCCCGGCCCGUCGGAGCACCUAGAACGCCGUGUCUCCAAUGCAGGAGGCCCACCUGCUCCCCCUGCUGGGGGUCCACCCCCACCACCAGGACCUCCCCCUCCUCCAGGUCCUCCCCCACCCCCAGGUUUGCCCCCCUCGGGGGUCCCAGCUGCAGCACACGGAGCCGGGGGAGGACCACCCCCUGCACCCCCUCUCCCGGCAGCACAGGGCCCCAGUGGUGGGGGGACCGGGGCCCCAGGCCUGGCCGCAGCUAUUGCUGGAGCCAAACUCAGGAAAGUCAGCAAGCAGGAGGAACCCUCAGCAGGGCCCGUGGCCCCCAAAGCUGAGAGCGGUCGAAGCGGAGGUGGGGGGCUCAUGGAAGAGAUGAACGCCAUGCUGGCCCGGAGAAGGAAAGCCACACAGGUUGGGGAGAAAACCCCCAAGGAUGAAUCUGCCAAUCAGGAGGAGCCAGAGGCCAGAGUCCCGGCCCAGAGUGAAUCUGUGCGGAGACCCUGGGAGAAGAACAGCACAACCUUGCCAAGGAUGAAGUCGUCGUCUUCAGUGACCACUUCUGAGACCCACCCCUGCACGCCCAGCUCCGGCGAUGACUCGGACCUAGAGAGGGUGAAACAGGAGCUUCUGGAGGAGGUGAAGAAGGAACUGCAGAAAGUGAAAGAGGAAAUCAUUGAAGCCUUUGUCCAGGAGCUGAGGAAGCGGGGUUCUCCCUGACCACAGGGACCCAGAAGAUCCGCUUCUCCUUUCUGCACACCCUGCCUGUCACCCUGCUUUCCCUGCCUCUACUUGACUUGGAAUUGGCUGAAGACUACACAGGAAUGCAUUGUUCCCACUCCCCAUCCCACUUGGAAACCUCCAAGGGGGUGUGGCUUCCCUGGCGCCCUGCCCACACCCACAUUGGCUGCUGAUUGGCUGGGGAGGCCCCCGCCCUUUUCUCCCUUUGGUCCUUCCCCUCUGCCAUCCCCUUGGGGCCGGUCCCUCUGCUAGGGAUGCACCAAUGAACCCCACAGGAAAGGGGAAGGAAAGAGGGAAUUUCACAUUCCCUUGUUCUAGAUUCACUUUAACGCUUAAUGCCUUCAAAGUUUUGUUUUUUUAAGAAAAAAAAUAUAUAUAUAUAUUUGGGUUUUGGGGGAAAAGGGAAAUUUUUUUUUUCCUCCUUGGUUUUGAUAAAAUGGGGUGUGGGAGUUUUUAAAUGCUAUAGCCCCAGCCUUGCCCCAUUUGGGGCAGCUAUUUAAGGGGAGGGGAUGUCUCACCAGGCUGGGGGUGCCUCCCCCCCACCCCAGGGACUCCUCUUCCCUCUGGCUCCUCCCCCUUUUCUAUGAGGAAUUAAGAUGCUGUAACUUUUUGGAACCUCAGUUUUUUGAUUUUUUAUUUGGGUAGGUUUUGGGGUCCAGGCCAUUUUUUUACCCCUUGGAGAAAAUAAGAUGAGGGACAAAGGAAAAGGGGAGGAAACUUCUCCCCUCCCACCUUCACCUUUAGCUUCUUGAAAAUGGGCCCCUGCGGAAUAAAUCUGCCAGUUUUUAUAAAUGCUAA